AUGCCUUCUGCAACAUCAACAACAACAUCUACCUUUCCUUCCAGGUCAACCACUCCAAAAUUACGUCCCAAGAGCUCGUCCCGCGCUCUACGGAGAUCCCACAACAUCGUAUCGACUCCUAAUCUCAAAAACGCAUACGCUACACAUUCGCGCGCAGCGCCGCCUCUACCGCCUCUGCCGCGCAAAGCUUCCUUUGCCCAGCUCACCCAGAGCUCUCUCGCCAGCAUACCCGAUGUUUCUGAGAGUUACGCCGUUGAAACUGUCCUGAGCGACCCAACUGAAGACAUGAUGCCUCCUACGACCCCAGGCCGUUCGCAGGCCGUUAAUGUUGCGCUCGGUGACAUUGUUGAUGUCCCCGGUGGAAUGCAUGGCGUUGUGCGAUUUGUCGGCCCUGUCCAAGGCAAGAAGGGUCUUUUUGCUGGCGUUGAACUCGACGAGGAAUUUGCCAGUCGGGGAAAAAACGACGGCGAUGUUGACGGCGUAUCAUACUUUUCUACCGAUAUUCCCGGUGCUGGAAUCUUCUUGCCUGCAGCCAAAGCUCUGCCUCGCAGCGGCGAACCGAUCCCAUCCUUUCCCAUUACACCAAGUGCAAGCACAUAUGGUGGUCUUAGAGCCGGCAAUCAGAACUCACUCAACUACACUCCCCCGACCCCAGGUCUUCCCAAAUUCAGCGCUUCUGUUGGACCCGGCGCCCGCGCUCCCAGUCCGCAAGGCAAACGUGUAACUAGAGCUUCUCUUCCGCGGCCCGAGUCUCCUGUCCGCCGUAUGCAAAUGACACCCGGACCGCGGCCCUCCAUGACGACGCCAGCCAGGACCCCGUCCAGAUUUGGAAGCCCGACACAGUCGCGCUUCGCCCAAAGUGUCCGCGGCACUUCAGGGGACCCAAGCAAGCGGCCUAAUCGACUGGACCGUAAGCCAAGUCUUGCACCACGCAGCGCCUCAGCUUUGGGCUCGAUCUCAGGAGUAGAUGAGGAUGUGCCGCCAAUGGGACUGCAGCGUACCGGCACUAAUGGCAGCGCUGGUUCCGUAUCAUCGUUUGCCAUGAAGGUCCGACCGGCGUCACGUAUCAACAUGAACGACGAGGAAAUUGAACAUCUGAAAUCGCAAAUCGAGGAUCGGGACCGACAGCUCAAGGAGCAGUCCGCCGCCCUGGCCGAUAUGGAGAGCAGCUUGGUAGAAUUACAGAGUCUUAUGGAAUCGGCAGAUAUGCCAGCAGCACAGCGCAAUAGUUGGGAUAAUAAAGAUACGGCGCAGCUGCGCCAGCUGCUGAGGGAGAAGAACGACAAGAUCGCCAUGCUCACAGCAGAAUUUGACGCUCAUCGGGCGGACUUCAGGAGCACUAUUGACACCCUGGAGCUUGCCAGUACCGAGACGGAGCGGGUAUAUGAGAAGAGGAUAGAGGAGCUGAUGGCUGACGUUCGAGAGCUUGAGUCGCGGAACCUGGACGUUGACUCAGUGGCCACUCAGCUUAAGCAACUAGAGGAGCUUGUUCAGGAGCUCGAGGAAGGCUUGGAGGAUGCUCGCCGGGGCGAGGCCGAGGCCAGAGGUGAAGUCGAGUUCCUUCGCGGAGAGGUUGAACGAACAAGGACGGAACUGCGCCGUGAGCGCGAGAAAGCCUCAACCCCCCCUGCAAACGGCGACAGCACAGUUUCUUCCAAGGAGCUCGAGCAGAAGGAUGAUGAGAUUAGAGGUCUCAAAGCUAUUAUUCAUUCCCUAAGCCGUGACUCUAUUCCUGGAGAGCCCAAACCCCCACAGCAGAGACCUGGCUCCAUGAUCGCUGAAGACGUUGUGGCCAACAAGAUUGCGCGCGAUAACCUUGAGCGACAAGUGGCUGAGCUUCAGUCUAUUCUGGAUAAGAAGAACAACCGUGAAGAAGAGCUCGAAAAGGAGCUCGACUCCCUCCGUCAGAACGGUGGAACAGCCAACAGGUCAUCUUUCAGAGACUCGCGGGAUACUGUCGUCAUGACACAGGCAUUGGAAAAUCGUCCGGUUGAGAACAUCAAGCGAUCCAGUGCACCCACACACAAGCGAGUCAGCACUCUUGAUACCAUGCCGGAAAGCGACGAUUACUCCAACGCUACUGAGACUAGCACUCUCUGGUGUGAGAUUUGUGAGACUAACGGUCAUGAUAUCCUGACCUGCACCAACAUGUUUGGUCCUGACGGCGCCAAGAGCAACAGUGAGAGCAAAGCAGUCAAGGACAUCAACAAUGGGUUCAAGCCUUACAUGCCCCCAACAGGCGAUGAUGCCCCUGCGCCUCUUGCACCCUUGGGAAUCAAGAAAGAUGACCCUCCUUCACCAGCCGUCAAGAUCCUUCCCAAUCCUAUGGAGUCAGGCCCGGUUGCUGGCAAGGAAAGCGGCGUCAUGGACCCUGAGAAGUGGUGCGCCCUUUGCGAACGCGACGGCCAUGACAGCGUCGACUGUCCUUUCGAGGACGCCUUCUAA